AAUUCGAAACAAAUACAUAAAACGAGUCAGUUUUACUCGAUCUACCAUCCAUCGAAGACCAUCAAAUUCAAUGUAGCCACAAGGCUCAACCUCAAAGUAGGGUUGGGGCUCAAUUGAACAAAGAACAGAACUUGGGGCCUUUGGAACUAAAAUUGGAGCAAAGAAUUCGCACAAAAAAAGCCCAGAAAACGAAAAAACAAAAAACAAAAACAUCUUUCGCAACCCUAAAAACAAAAAAAAAAAAAACUCUUCCCUUUUUCUCUUGCACAAAACCCAGCUUUCUCCUCCGCCCUUUAUCGUCGCAAUUCGAAAAAUGAAGAAGAAGAAGCAAACUUCUGACGCCCUAAUUAUCGCCGCCGACGAUACCACCGCCUCCGCAGUCGCCGGAAACUCCUCCGACGUUGUCGGCGACAUCAAAACCUUAGUCAAAGACCAUGCUAGCUUCUUCGACAAGCUUGUGGAGUUAAUUCCGGCGAAGUUCUACCUUCCGACGAACGACGAUGAAAAACCGUGGUUUCAAGGGUUAUCCAAAGCAGCAAAAGCAGAAGCGAAGCUUAAAUCGAUUGAAAACACGAAGAAAUCGAGACGUGAUCGAUUAGACCCUGAGAAAUCGUCGAAAUCAACCCUAGAUUUGUUGAAGGAGUCAUUGGAGAGCAAAAAAUCGGUUAAGAAAGAUUCAGAUGACGAGGAGGAUGAUGAUGGUGGUGGUGGUGGUGGGGGAGGGUUUAACAUGAGGAAUUUGGAUGAUGAUAAGAGGUCAGUGACAUAUGAGGAGCUGAGGCAGAGGUUGCAUAGGAGGAUUGAGGAGUUACGAGCGAGCCGAGGCGAUGGAAGCGGCGAGGGGAAGAGGAGGAAGGCGGAGAGGAGAGAGAUGAAGGAUGGGAGGAAGAGGUGGAGGGAUGAUGAGAGAGAGGAGAAUAUAGAAGUUAAGGAGAAGAAAGAAAAUGAAAGAGAUAUUGAGAAGGAAGUUUCAGAAGCUGCUAAAGGAAUUGAGUUUGGGAAGGUGAAAUUAGCUGCUUCUAGUGAUGAUGUAUCUAAGAAGAAGAAGAGGAGAUUGUCGAAGGAGAAGGAGCUACAAAGAGCUCAGAAGCUGGAAGAGGCAAUGAAGGAUCCGGAAAAGGGUGGUGAGUUGGCAAAGCAGCACUCUUGGAAGUCAGCAAUGGAGAGGACAAUGGGAAAUAAAGUGCAUGAUGAUCCCAAGCUGCUGAAGAAAAGCUUACAGAAGGAUAAGAAGAAGCAUGCCAAGAGUGUUGAGAAGUGGAAGCAGAGGAUUGAAACUACUGAGAAGAUGAAGCGAGGGAAGCAGGAUAAGAGAAAUGAGAAUAUUAAGGCCAAGAAGGACAAAAAGAAGCAGUCAAAAAUUGAUAAGAGAGAAAAGAAGCUUAUGAGGCCAGGGUUUGAGGGCCGCAAAGAGGGCUUUGUUACAGGGAAUUAAGGUUUGCAAUAGAGUUUUUUAUAUUAAAAAUUAGUCAUUAUGUAUUCUCACUCCUUUGAAAAAAAAAAUCCAAAAAAAAAAAAAGAAAAUCAACUUUUCAUGGUUGUAGUUAGUUAAAGGGGGGAUGGGGAGAAUCAAGCUUUUGCUCCUUUAAGUUGUUUUGCUGUUAAAGUCCAAUCAUUAUUAAUGAAGUUCACUCUUUUUUGACUUUC